CGACCUUGUUUUUGUUGAUGUUUAACUUGACUGCGGCUGCGCGCGGCAGAAUGUUGUUGCCGUUGGUGACGCGAUUUGUAAAGAAAGAACAAUUGGAUAAAAUAUAAAAAUCGAUUUGUACUGUAGGGGAGUCUCAUAUUUUGGCUCCUCGACCGAAACACAUUUUAGUAGGUUACAAGCUAAUCUACGCGCGUAGCUAGAGUUUGAGUUUCGGAGGCCGGAGUGGAAGGGAAGCUAGCUCGUCAACCUCACCCUUAUGUGAUCGUCCUUCCACGUCGCCGGGCGCUGCUACACUCGGAGCAAGACAACAAAAUAGCUUAUCGCCAUUAUAUGACCCAGUACUUAGCGUCAUUAUUUGGCCUCCAUGUGGGUGAGGGAUUUGUGUGUGUCAGAUUAUGGCGAGAAAAACAGUUAGCAGGAAAAGGAAGGCAGGGGAGUCCAAGGACCAACAACAACAGGUGGCCUGGUGCCAGUCGGCGAGCAAGCGGACGCGUGUGUCCUCCUCGUCCCGGCACGCUCAGCAGUGGUGGCGUAGUCAGUGCUCGGUGGUGUGUGCGCUCCGGGGCCGAGAGUUUCGGCCGCAGCAGCAGCAUGAGUGGCGGCUCCAGCGUAGCCUGCGGGGCUUUGCUGCUGGCCGCCUCCCGGGCAUCCUCAAGGAGCGGGAGUUCUCCCUUGGCCGCCUCAACAAGGUGUUUGCCUCCCAGUGGCUCAACCACCGCCAGGUGGUGUGUGGAACCAAGUGCAAUACGCUAUUUGUGGCAGAUGUUCUGACAGGGCAGAUCACCCGCAUCCCAAUGCUGAAGGACCGACACGGCGGAGGAGGGGCCCCCGGGGGGGUUGCGGGUACAAUAGGGGCCCCCUUCCUCCCUGGUAGUGGCUCAGUGUCUGGGCUGGACCAGCAAGGCUGUGGGAUCCACGCCAUCGAGCUUAACCCCUCCGGCACUCUGUUGGCCACCGGCGGAGACAACCCUAACAGCCUGGCCGUCUACCGGCUUCCUACCCUGGAUCCCGUCUGCGUGGGGGACGUGAGUGGUUCCCCUCUCUUCUUGGAUGGCCAUAAAGAUUGGAUCUUCUCCAUUGCGUGGAUCAGCGACAGAAUGGCUGUGUCAGGGUCCCGGGAUGGUUCAAUGGGGCUGUGGGAGGUGUCUGAGGUGGUUCUGAGCCACUCCAUGAGACAGCAGGACGAAGAGGGGGUCCCCUGCUACUCCCACAUCUCCCACCGUGCCCUGGAGGACAUCCCCAAGGAAUACACCAACCCCUACAACUGCAAAGUGCGCGCCCUGGCCUUCAACAACAACCACAAGGAGCUUGGUGCAGUGUCCCUGGAUGGCUAUUUCCACCUUUGGAAGGCAGAGCAAAACUUGAGCAAGCUGCUGUCCACAAAGCUGCCUCACUGCAAGGAGAAUGUAUGUCUGGCGUACGGUCAGGACUGGUCGGUGUAUGCGGUGGGAUCUCAGGCCCAUGUGUCCUUCCUAGACCCCCGGCAGCCCACUCACAACAUCAAAUCAGUCAGCUCCCGGGAGAGGGGAAGUGAGGCAACACGAGGCAUCCGCUCGGUGAGUUUCUAUGAACACAUAGUGACUGUGGGCACAGGCCAGGGCUCCCUGCUGUUCUAUGACAUCAGAGCCCAGAGGUUCCUGGAGGACCCUUCCAGCCUGGCCGGCGGGUUCCGGCAGCGCCCAGGAGAGGGCAUCCUCAAACUCACCACAGGGAAGGGCUGGCUGAAUCAUGACGAGACGUGGAGGAGCUACUUCUCGGACAUCAACUCGUUUCCCAACGCCGUGUACACACACUGCUACGACGACUCCGGCACCAAGCUGUUUGUGGCCGGCGGACCGCUGUGCUCAGGCCUUCACGGCAACUACGCAGCCCUCUGGAGCUAGCCUUCCCUUCGCCUCUAUUCUCCUCCGCUAUUCUCUCCUUACCCCACCCAGCCCCCCUCUCUCCUCUUCCUCCUUUUAGCGUUUCACUCACUGGUGUCCCUCCUUAGUGGACUCAGGAGCAUGAUCUUGGACCCCCUCUUUUCUUAUCACGGUUUCCAUAUUGCCAAUGUGUAUCUCGUCAACACCUCCUUGUUGCAUCCCUCCAUCCUCCCUUGCACUUUGCCCUGUUUAUAUUCAGUUCUUUCAUCUCUGCUCCCUGUUUUUUUAUAUAGAUGAUUAACCAGUUAUGUUGUAAUGAGCUGAGAGGUCCGCUUUUGAAAAACUCAAAUGAAAGUUUAACGUUUUCUUACAAUUUUUUUGUCUGUUUUUGGGAGUAUGUCAUACUGGCAUAGACCGUUUCCUUGUGCGAACAUUGGAGACACACUCCUUACUGUUCCCCUUCUCUCUCCGAAACUGAUGGCAAUAUAAAAUAUUGAGGAUGGGGGGAACAUAAGAGACAAAGUUCUGAAGGAAGGAACAGGAGUAUAGUUAAACUUUUCUAAGAAACUGAAAAAGGACAUAGUCAUUGGUUGGUAGCGUACCACCCUGUGCCAUGGCAACCAAUAAGAGCCGUAGCGAUGGAAAAACUACCCAAACAGACGCAAGGUGAGAAGAAGCAGAGGAUGAGUACAACAAUCAGACAGCGGCAGCCACUUGUUUUUUUGUUUUUCCCUGACUGAUGAUGUAAAGGAGUGAUGACUAGAUGCUAAAUGCCAUAGGUAUUCUGCAAUGAAUAAUAAUCCUGAAGAAUCCUUAUUUUAUUUUGAUUCUGACUGUGUGAUUUGACAUAAAUGUACACUUGUUGAUAUUACUACUAUCUUUAUUAUAAUUUAUUUUCCCCCUUUCACUAUCACCCUUAGUUAUGGUUUACGGCCAGGGCAUUCAACGUCAGGGCCGUGCGGAACGCAGUGUCUGCUGGUUCUCUUUCUUCCCAGUUACUGGUCCAUUCAUGUCAGUGGUUGUGUAUAUCACAAAGCAUGAUCAUUAAGUCAGCUAGCUAACUUGGAUAAACAUUCAUACAUGGCUGUUGAUGUUGUGGAUUAUCCCUUACUUAGACCCUUUCAAAUUCAACACCCUCUUGCUUUUUGAACUAGGAAAUAUGGAGUUGUUUGAGGACAUUUUUGAAACAUUAUCUUGCUAACUCUUUGAUCCUGCUUUGUGACAACCCAGUGGUUUCCAUGUUCUAAACCAGCUGCUGAUAUAAAAACGAGGAUGAAAACCUGCAGACAGUGCUGACCUUAAGCGCCUGAAUCCCAAAUCAGACCCUUGCCCUUUCCUCCUAGGCACUUGUGCAGAUUUGAGAGAAUUUAAUAGGUGUUAGCAAUAUGGUGACCACUCCAUCAAUGCCCUCUGAUAGCCAGAUGGCAUUGUUGCCAUUUUGCCAAGACUUUACCAAUAUUAACAGAUCUGAGGUGUAUUCACUAGAAGCAAGCAGAAUGAAGCAGGGAGAGACUUACCUGAAUUGGUCCAAUAGAAACUCUUGUUUUCAUUGGAAAGGAUUUUCGUUUGGAGUAAACUGUUUCCAUUGCAAAACGGUUUGCUAAGGUCAUGGUCUGAAUGAAUACAUCCCUGGACAAGCGCAUAGGAUGUAGGGGGAAGGGGUUGGAGUUGAAUACAUCUGGAGGCACCAUCGUUUUUGUCACUCUUCUUUUUUUCUAUCAAGGGAUGAGUGUAGCUGCUCUUUUCCUUGUGUGCAAAGGCAGGGUAUAUUUGAGUGACUUUGUUGCCUUUCUAUAGUCUUUCUGUGAAAGACUUGUAGGCUGACAUAGUUUUGCUUUUUGGAACUUUGAGAGUUUUCAUGAUAAUGCGAGAACAAAAAGAGACCCAAUUACGACCAUAAGUUGAACAAAUAACCACUUUUAAAGUGUAUUUUAUAAAUGUGUAUGUGUGAAAUGCAUAGGGACAAAUGCAUACCUUUUUAUGUAUAUGUUCCAGGGAGUGUGUGAACUGACCCCUGUCUUUACUUUGGUGGUGACCUAUUUUAUACCUUUACACACCUCAUGAAUGUUUUUAGAAAUUACUGAACCUGGGGAUAUUGUAUGAUGUCAACAACAGCCGAAACCAACCUAUAAAUCUUUAAAAUGAAAAUAAUGAUAAAUUAAAAAUGUAAUAUUUCUCUUAUUUCA